GCUAUUUUAGACCCCAGAGGCGUCUGGUGCCAGUAGGACCGUCUCCGGCCCCUCUUGUCGACCCGGCACUCUGCUCGUCCUCUCCCACUCGAGAGGGACUCAGCCUUGAGGCUGACGUGUGGGGUCGUCUUCGCGUAGUGCUCACACUCAUUGCUCACCAUGACGCGACUCUCGGCAUGGACGUGGCUGGUCGUGGGCGGCCUGGCGGUGCUCGCCGCCCACGCCCACGCCGCUGGCCCCAAGGCUGACGUGAUCGAGGAUGUUAAUGCCAAACAACUGGAGGAUCUGGUGGCCGACAGUGAUUACGUGGCUGUGUUUUGGUACAAGAAGAGCUGCAAGGACUGCGACAAGGUGCUGGCGGAGCUGGAAAACAUCGACGACGACACGGACAGGUUCGGCGUGCACUUCGUCAAAAUAGCAGACAAGAAGUACGCGAAAUCUUAUGGCGUGAAGACCUUCCCUGCGCUCUCCUUCUUCAGAAAUAAGGAACCCAUGCACUAUGAAGGUGACCUCAUGGACGAGAGUUCGGUGCUGGAGUUCCUCACGAGCCUCGAGGCCAUGGAGCUGCCGGACCAGAUCGAGGAAGUCAAUGCAAAGAUUCUGGACAAGAUUGUCGAGGAGCAGGAGUUUGUGGCGGUGCUCUUCUGUUACUUGGGCAACAUUUGCGACCAGGGAGAACAUAAAAGCGAGUGCCGGCGCUGCGUCAAAGCCCUGCAGGAACUGGAGAACGUGGACGAUGACGCGGACCAACUCGGUAUCGCCUUUGUCAAAAUCAACGACCCAGAACUAGCUGAUGAAUAUUCCUUGGGUUCCCUUCCCGCCCUGGUGUACUAUCGAAGGCGCAUCCCCGUCGUGUAUGAUGGUGACCUAAUGAACGAGGACAAGGUGCUGGAGUGGCUGGUGGAAAACAAAAACACUGGGGACGAUGAUGACGUAAUUGAUGACGUCACCAUGGGUCUACUCAACACUCUCAUCGACUCCGUGGACCACCUGGCUGUCGUCUUCUAUGACAGGGAUGAGAACGAUGAUGGCGUCACCCUGCACGAACUGGAGAACAUCGAUGACGACCUGGACGCCCAAGGAAUCCACAUCGUUAAGAUCGCCGACGAUGUGGCCGCCAAGGAGUACGGCAUCGAGAACACGCCCUGUCUCGUCUACUUUGAGAAGGAGAUUCCUUCCCUCUAUGAUGGAGACCUUCACAACGAGGAGGAGGUGCUUGCCUGGCUGAUUGAGCAGCUGCACAGUGAUGAGAUUGAGGACGUCACUGAUGAGAUGCUGGACAAGCUCAUCAAGGAGGCCAACCACCUUGCAGUUCUCUUCUAUGAUGAGGACAGCCAGGAAUCCCAGAUGGUGGUGGCAGAGCUGGAGAACAUUGAUGACGAGUGUGAUGCCAAGGGAAUCUCCUUUGUCAAGAUUGACAAUGAUGACGAAGCAAAAGAAUAUGGCAUUGACACCCUGCCCACGCUGGUUUACUUUGAGAAAGGAGUUCCCUCAGUGUAUUCAGGAAACUUGCUUGCGGAAGAGGAGGUCCUGGACUGGCUGGUGCAUCAGGUGGAGGAGGAUGAGAUUGAGGAGGUGACAGAUGAGAUGCUGGACCGUCUCAUUGGACGCACUGAACACUUGGCUGUGCUUUUCUAUGAUAAGGAGAGCAGGCGAAGUAGGAAGGUCCUUGCUGAGCUGGAGAACAUUGAUGAUGAGUGUGAUGGCCGAGGAGUUUACUUUGUGAAGAUUGACAACUAUGCAGAAGCCAUUGAGUAUGGUAUUGACACCAUCCCUACUCUGGUGUACUUUGAGAGUGAGAUCCCCUACAUCUUUGAAGGUGACUUGAUGAAGGAGGAAGAGGUGCUGUACUGGCUGUUCCACCAUGUUGACCAUGAGGAGAUUGCGGAUGUCACGGAUGAAAUGCUCGGCAAACUCAUUGCCAACGAACCCUUCCUGGCGGUGCUUUUCUAUGACAAGGAUGAUGCAGAGGACCAUGAGGUGCUGGCUGAACUGGAGAACAUUGACGAUGACUGUGAGCAAGCAGGUGUGCCCUUCGUUAAGAUAGACAAUGAUGCUGAGGCUAAAGAAUAUGGCAUUGAUGAACUUCCAACCCUCGUCUAUUUUGAGAACAGGAUACCCAGCAUUUAUGAAGGUGACCUCUCAAAUGAACAGGAAGUCUUAGCUUGGCUGAUGGAGCAGAAGACCACAGACACAAUAGAGGAGGUGACAGAUGAGAUCCUGGAUGACCUCAUUGCUAACUUUGAAUAUGUUGUUGUGUACUUCAGUGGAAGGUGUGAGGAAGGCCAAAAGUGCGACAAGAUCCUGGAUGAGCUGGAGAACAUUGAUGAUGACACAGAUGAACAUGGGAUGCACUUCGUCACCACUGAGGAAACCGGCUUGGCUAAUGAAUAUGGCAUCAAGACUCUGCCCGCCCUGGUGCUCUUCAGAAAUGGAGAACCAGUGAUGUACAAGGGUGAUAUCAGCAAUGAGGAAGCUGUGCUGAGGUGGGUGACAUCUGAUGACACCCUACAGAUCCCCAACCAGAUUGAGGAGGUGAACCAGCGCAUGUUGGAGAGGAUACUCAACAUCUCUGAUAAUGUUGCUGUGUUCUUCUAUGAUGAGGAUGACAUGAAGAGCAAGAAGAUUCUCAUUGAACUAGAAAACAUUGAUGAUGAUUGUGAUGACAUUGGAAUUGAUUUUGUGAAGAUCUCUGAUGAAGGAAUUGCACAGGAAUAUGACAUUGCCAGCAUGCCUGCCCUUGUCUACUUCAGGCACAGAUUCCCCCAGAUCUAUGAGGGAGACAUGUUUGAUGAAGAUGCUCUGCUAGAGUGGCUCAUAGACAACAAGGACAAAGGUCCGGCCUCUAUCAUUGAAGAAGUGGAUGGGAAGAUGCUGCAGACCCUUGUGGACACCUUUGAAUACCUUGUGGUGUACUUCUAUGACGACAACUGCCCAACAUGCGAGACAGUGUUGGCUGAACUCGAGACAAUUGAUGAUGAGACAGAUGAAGUUGGCAUUCAGUUUGUGAAGACCAAUGAUGUGGAUGUGGCAGAGGACCUGGGCAUCAGCCACCUCCCGGCUCUGGUUUACUUUGAGGGCGGUGUGCCAAGCAUCUAUGAUGGUGACAUCGCAAGGGGUCGAGAAGUCUUGUCUUGGCUUGUUGCACAUUCACGUAAGCAGAGCCUUACAGACACCUCAGUGGUGGCUAUAACCUCCAGGCUGCUAGGGCGUGGGCAGGUACAGGCAGGUGAGGGUGGUGGUGAGAGUGAGGGUGUGAGUGAUGAUGCUGGUGCAAAUGAGGACAAACAGAGUGAUGUCGACAUUGGUGCUGUGACAACAGAUGAUGAGGAUGACGAUGGUGAUGAUAAUGAUGCUGAAGAUGAUGAAGAUUCUGAUACUGAAGAUGAUACUAGUACUGGACAAAUUGAUAAUGAAGAUGAAAGUGAUGAUAGUGAUACUUUGAAAAUAGCUGAUAUUGUUGAUGAAAAUGAUACUUUGAAUGAUGAAGUUGAUGAAGAAUCCGAUACUCAAGAUUAUAAGAGCCCUACAGAUGAUGAUGAUGAUGAAGAUGAAGAUGAAGAUGAUACUGAUACUGGAGAUUUUAUUGGUUUUGAAGAAAUUACUAGUGAAGAUGGUGAAGAUGAAAGCGACAAUGAUGUUCAGGAAGAAGACAACAUUUCUGAUGAUGCUAUAGAUGAGGAAGAGGAUAUCACUAAUGACAAUGUUUCAAACAAUGAAGACAGUGAAGCUGAUGCUACAGAUGAUGACAAUGCUGAUGAGAAUGUAAAAGUAGAUGAUGCUGGUGAUGAAGAUUUUGCCACCAGUAUUGAAAAUGAAGAUGGUAAUGGCGAGAAUAAAGACAAUAUUAAUGAAAAACAUGACAAACAAGAAGAAAAGGAUGUAGAUGAAGAGGAAGCAGAUGAGGAAUUAGAUGACACUGGUAAUAAAGAUGACGGCACAGAUAUUGAAUGUGAGGGAGAAGAUAAUGAUAGCUGUCGAGACUGUGAGGUGGAAGUUAGCAUCAUUAAUGAAGAAGUCACUAAUGAUGAAUAUGUAGGUGAAUCUGAAUUGGCAGUAGAUGAUGAUGGCAUGAUUAUGGACACUGAACAGGAUGUAGAAGAGGAUGUGUAUGUGAUAAAGGUAAAUGAUAAAGAGGAAGACUAUUCAGAUUCAAGAAACGAGUCUGCUGGUAGUGAAGGAAGUGAAAUUAGAGGGCAAGAUGAGGAUAGUAGUGAUGAAGAAGUUGAAAGUGAAGAUAGUAAAAAGAAAAGGGAUAGUGCUAAGAAGGGGAAGAAGAAAACUAAGGCACGUGACAAGUCAACUAUUCAUAAACUCCGUAAGGCAUUUUUGGCUGAACAAAUCAAAAGUGGCCAGUCCCAAGACACAGUGAAAGAUGAAGCCAAGAAUAUAACCAGAAAGGAAAAGCAUGAAGGAGACAUCCAGGCAGAGGAGCAGGUGCUGGAGUGGCUCAUUGAGCAGCGACAUGAGGACACCAUUGAGAACAUCAACCGCCAGAUGCUGUACACACUCAUAGACACCCAGGACUACCUUGGAGUCUAUUUCUUCAAUGAGGAGAACGAUGAGUGUCCAAAGGUGCUGAGGACGUUGGAGAAGAUUGAUGAUGAGGCAGCAGAGUUUGGUAUCCAGAUGGUGAAGAUGAAUGACAGACUCAUGGCCAAGAAGUAUGGCUUCAGGAACCCACCAGGACUAGUCUAUUUCAGGAAGGGGAAACACAUCAAGUAUGACGGUGACUUGUAUGAUGAGGAGGAUGUGCUGGACUGGCUCACUGCACCAGAGAACAUGGAGUUGAAUGACGCCAUUGAGAAGGUGAACAGGAAGAUGUUUGAGAGGAUCCGCCAGACAACAGACUACUUGGCCGUCUUCUUCUACACAGAGGAGGGCUGCAAGCAGUGCCAGAAGGUGCUGGCUGAGCUGGAGAACAUUGAUGAUGAAGCUGAUGCUAAUGGCAUUGACUUUGUCAAGAUUGAUGACUCUCAGCUGGCAAAGGAUGUUGGUGUGUACGCGCUGCCUGCCAUUGUCUUCUAUCGCUCCAGCAGUGAGGAGCCCAUCAUCUAUGCUGGUGGUGACAUGAAGAAUGAGGAGAAUCUUCUGGCGUGGUUGCUCACUGAGAAGGACCCAACGGCAGACUUCAUUGAGGACAUGGAUGGGGAGGUUCUCCAGCGUGUGAUCCGAGAUGCUGAUGCCAUUGCUGUGUACUUCUAUGACUUAUCAAGCUGUCCUGACCCAAGUGGAGAAGCAGAAAAAAAGAAGAAGAAGAAAAGGAAAAACGAAACCUCUUCUGAAUCAACAAACAAGGAUGACUCGACCUGUGCCAUAUGCCUGCAGGUCUUGGAAGAGUUAGAAAAUAUUGAUGAUGACACAGACAGGAUUGGUGUAAGUUUUGUCAAGACGCAAGACCUCAAGGUGGCUGAGAGGUAUGGAGUGACCAGCGUGCCAGCUCUCCUCUACUUUGAGCACCAGGUCCCCACUGUGUAUGAAGGGGACCUCCUGGCUGAAGAGGAUGUGCUUCAGUGGCUUGUCCUGCAGAAGACUGAGGACACCAUUGAGACAGUGAACAGGAACAUGCUGGAGGUGAUGCUGGAGGACACUCAGUACCUGGCUGUCUUCUUCUACAAGCCAAACUGCCGAGCAUGUGAGACAGUGCUAGCAGAGCUGGAAAACAUUGAUGAUGAGUGUGACAUGUACGGCAUCCACAUGGUGAAGAUCCAGGAUGCUCAGCUGGCUAAACGUUAUGGCAUCAAGACCCUUCCUGCCCUCAUCUACUUCAGGAAUGGCAACCCUCUUAUCUUUGAUGGUGACCUCAGUGUGGAGUCGAGUGUCUACGAAUGGCUAGUUGAUGAUGACAAUCGAGAGUUACAGGGGGCACUCGAGGAGGUCAAUAAGCACAUGUUGAGCAAAUUAGUCGAGAGCAAUCCCUUUGUGGCUGCAGUGUUCAUAAACGAGGAUGACUGCUCUGAGUGUGAGCAAGUCCUUCAUGAGCUGGAGAACAUUGAUGAAGAGGUGGACAUGUACGGGAUUGACUUUGUCAAGAUCAAUGACCCUGAUGCUGCCCAUCGGUUCAAUAUCCUUCACACUCCUGCCCUUGUUUACUUUAGAAAGAAAGUACCACUUGUGUAUGAUGGUGAUCUCCUUGAUGAGGAGAAGGUAUUCCAGUGGCUGACCUCCCAGGACGUGUUUGAGAUCAAGGAUGAGAUUGAGGAAGUGAACAGAAAAAUGUUGGAGAAGUUGCUUGAUGAGAAUGACUUUGUGGCUGUUUAUUUCUAUGAAGAAAAUGCUAAAUGUCAGGAGGUGUUGAGUGAACUGGAGAAGAUUGAUGAUGAGACGGAUGACCUUGACAUAACCUUUGUCAAGAUAAGGGACACUCGCUACGCCAAGAAGUAUGGCAUCCAGAAGCUCCCUGCUCUUGUCUACUUCAGGAGGAGAUUCCCCAGCAUUUACAGAGGAGACCUUAUGGUGGAAGAAGAGGUUCUAGAAUGGCUUCAGAAGAACAGAUUUAAGCAUCCUGAACUGAACCUCUUUAUGUACGCUACUGGGGCCAUCACCCUUGCCUUCAUCAUGUACACACUGUUCCUGAUCUUCUGCUUCAGGAGUCCUGGCCACCAGAAGGCAGCGUGAUCACAGUGCCCCAUGCUGCACCUCUCACCAAGCCUUUAGGAAACAUUUUGAUGCACAUACAAUACACUUAGGUGAGCAACAGCGUCAUAAUUGCACAUGUUAAAGAGCAGCUUUUGAUGGAUCGUGUGUGUGAAAACUACCUGCAAGUAAUCUUACAGUCAAUAGCAAGAAUAAUAAACUGUGAUGUUUUUGUUGAUAAUGCAUACACUUAAUGCAUUAAUGAAUUUCAUGAACUGUGUGCUGAGGAAAUAUAAUUAUAGAUGUACUGAUUCAUUAAUCAAAGUGUAUAUUUUGAAGAGUUUAUUUUGAGAGUACUUAAAUGAGAAAAUCAUUUGGGAUGUAUUAUUCAUGCUUUCAUUUACAAUAUGUACAUUGUGAUAGCUUGCUAUAGUCUAUGUUGAGUUACACUUUGAGCUUAUUUAAAUAUCUAUAUACAAAUAGCUGUUCACCUCUUCAAGAUCAUGAGUAAAAAAAAGUGACACGUUCUAGUCAUCUUAGUUAAAUCAAUAAUUAUGAGGUGUGUAACAAUUGUUCACAAUUAUUUGAAAAAAUCCCUUAAAGUACCUAGUGAUCCCAUCAACCAGCAGCCGUCACAGAGCCGUGUCCUCACAUCCAUUCCCAGGGUAGAGAAGAUAAACCUUUGUGUGGGGGGACAUUUAUCAUAGCAUCCUUUCUUGUCUUGGUCAGAUGUUCUUUUCACAGAAGAAACUUGGAAAUAUAGUGCUAGUGUUUUAAAAAUAGCUGCAUCACUUAAUAUUGUAAGAUUUCUUGACUUCAUGUAUACCAAGUGAAAUGAGUGAUCUAAAAGUUUGGAUAAUAAUGGCUCAAGCCAUAAGAAAUGUCAUGGCUUUAUAAAUUUAAGGACCAUGAGGCUGUGAUCUAGUUGCAUAGCUGGCUGGCUGAACCAGCUGGUGUGUAAAUGGGGAAACAUUCAGUCAUCCUAUGUUAAAUUAUGAGGAGUAGAGACCAGCUCUUAAAAGAAUACUAUUUUUCAUUCUUAUUUAACUAAACAAAUGCCAAACGAUGAUAACACAAAGUUUUGCGAGUAACAUUUUGCUGAUGAGGAAUUAUUGACAAUGUGAACUUCUUUACUGGUGUUAUUGGAAGUUUUAUAUUGUGUGUAAAUGUUGAGUCUCCAUUUGUAUUAUGUCUGUAUACUGUGUUUGUUAUGUUCUCUGUUAUGGUGUUCUGAUGAUGGUCUUCUAUUCUUUAGAAGAAAUGGAGAAUUAGUAUGUUUAUUUUUAUGUAAAAUGGAUGAAUUAGUAACACUUUCCAUUUCUGAUAGAAAAUGGAAAAUUAGAUGUGCAGUCUGGCUGUAAGAAAAGCUAUACAUAUGUACAUGACUUGUCAGCUGUGUGGUUGUUAGUUGUAAGGAAAUUUAUGCAGUUAAAUGUUUCUGUUGCUGCUCACCAACAUUAUGAGGUUCAUUUCAGGAAAGUGCAUCUAUUUCCCCUAAGCUGCUGGUCAUGUUCCCCUUCACCUUGUGUCCAAUCCUCCUGUCUGUCCUGUGCCUGCACUGCCCACCUAUCUUGUCCUGUCCCGCUGCCCGCCCUGCUUUGCCUGUCGCCCAGAUAUACUGACACAGAGCCAGACUCACCAAGGUAAUAUUAUUAAAACUUUAUGUAAAUUAUGCAUUCAUGUAUAAUAAAGAAAUGUUUUUA